UAGCACAAUCUCAUCCGCUCUAAACAACCUCAUCAAAACUACUUUCUGGUCAGAGAGAAGCAAUAAUUAUUAUUAACAUUUAUUAACGAUCAAUAAACGUGAUUGCAUUAUGGCCAGCACUAUUAAGGAAGCAUUAUCGGUUGUGAGCGAGGACCAGUCUUUGUUUGAGUGUGCCUACGGGACGCCACACCUGGCUAAGACGGACAUGACCGCAUCCUCCUCCGGCGACUAUGGACAGACAUCCAAGAUGAGCCCACGUGUCCCUCAGCAGGACUGGCUGUCUCAACCCCCAGCCAGGGUCACCAUCAAGAUGGAAUGUAACCCUAACCAGGUGAACGGCUCAAGGAACUCCCCGGAUGAAUGCAGCAUGGCAAAAGGCGGGAAAUGCCCUUUCUCUGAGAUUAUUUGGUGCCAGGUAGGUGCAAAACCAAAUUCUCUGAGAGAAAAGCAAGGAACUGACAGCUCUCAGAAAUACGAGCUCAUCGGAGACCCUACGCUGUGGAGUACAGACCAUGUCCGGCAGUGGCUGGAGUGGGCAGUGAAAGAAUACAGCCUCCCAGACGUCGACAUCUUGCUGUUCCAGAACAUUGAUGGGAAGGAACUGUGCAAGAUGACCAAGGACGACUUCCAGAGGCUCACCCCGAGCUACAAUGCUGACAUCCUUCUCUCGCACCUGCACUACCUCAGAGAGACUCCUCUUCCACAUUUGACUUCAGAUGAUGUUGAUAAAGCCUUACAAAACUCUCCACGGUUAAUGCAUGCUAGAAACACAGGGGGUGCAGCUUUUAUAUUCCCAAAUACUUCAGUAUAUCCUGAAGCCACGCAAAGAAUUACAACUAGGCCAGAUUUACCUUAUGACCCACCCAGGAGAUCAGCCUGGACUAGUCACGGCCACCCCACCCCCCAGUCAAAAGCUGCUCAGCCGUCUCCUUCCGCAGUGCCCAAAACUGAAGACCAGCGUCCUCAGCUAGAUCCUUAUCAGAUUCUUGGACCAACAAGUAGCCGCCUUGCAAACCCAGGGAGUGGACAGAUCCAGCUCUGGCAGUUUCUCCUGGAGCUCCUGUCAGACAGCUCAAACUCCAACUGCAUCACCUGGGAAGGCACCAAUGGGGAGUUCAAGAUGACCGAUCCUGAUGAGGUUGCCCGGCGCUGGGGAGAACGGAAAAGCAAACCCAAUAUGAACUACGAUAAACUCAGCCGUGCCCUCCGCUACUACUAUGACAAAAAUAUCAUGACCAAAGUCCACGGGAAGCGCUACGCCUACAAGUUUGACUUCCAUGGGAUCGCCCAGGCCCUACAGCCCCACCCUCCAGAAUCAUCUCUGUACAAGUACCCCUCGGACCUCCCUUACAUGGGCUCCUAUCACGCCCACCCUCAGAAGAUGAACUUUGUGGCCCCCCACCCUCCGGCCCUCCCUGUGACAUCGUCCAGUUUCUUCGCCACCCCAAACCCUUACUGGAAUUCGCCAACUGGAGGUAUAUACCCCAACACGAGGCUUCCGGCCGGCCACAUGCCCUCACAUCUGGGCACUUACUACUAGAGCCGGGAGGGAGGCCUUUCCCAACAGCAUACGAUCACCAAGAAAUUGCCACAAACUCUAUUGGAGAACGUGAAUCAAAAGUGCCUCAAGAGGAGUGAAGCAGCUUGGGUGGCGCUGGGGAAGGAAGCCAGGGAAGAGAUCCAAAGACUCUUGGGAGGAGGGAAUUACUAGAAUAUUUCUACAGGAAGAAAGAAGAUGCUACAAAUGUAAUGUAUACAGACAUACCAUGUGUGGACCAAACCUGUAAAAGACAUUGUAAGUAGAAGUAUGAUGUCACAAGGACAAAGUGCCAAAGAAAGUGUUCUUGAGAAGUGUACAAACUUCCCAGGAGAGUUGGGGUUCUGCUGGUGCCAAGGGGGGAUGAGAGUAAAGGGACAGGGGUAACGCAGUCUUGACCUAACACACCAAUGGAAUGUCAUUGUAAGGAAAACUACCUGUAUUUAAAAAUAGAAACAUACCAAAAAUAAAAAAGAGAAAGAAAAGAGACUGCGGCCCAUGAACCAACGACCACAUGGAAUCAGCGACACGGGCUGUUUUGGUGGGAAAUCAGAUUCUUGCCAUUGGGUGGAGAGCCACCAGCUCUUGCCAACCCCUGAAGACGACCCAAGGCUGCCAGCUUUAUCCUGGACAGUGUUGUGGGGACUGUGAGCCCGGCGGGGCAGCGGGGCUGAGAACGUGUGUGCGGACAGUGAGCGUGCGGGUGUAGACGGAGGGCUGGAGGAGGUGGAAGAGGAGGUAGCGGAGGAGGAGGAGGAGGCCAUGGGGCUGGGAGAGACACGAGUUGAGCAGAGAGACUGGACUUAGGACAGUACAGACACUUGGAGAAGCAAAUGGAGGAGACUUGUGGGUUAAUCGGUCAGUGUUCUACCAAACGCAGUAUUAAGAGCCCCGCACAGCGGAGGAAGGGGGAAGACGUAGGAUUCCCGAAACAAAAAUAUGCAUCUCUCUUUUUUGUUUGUUUGUUUGUUUGUCAAAAGAAAAUUUUAACUGGAAUUGUCUGAUAUUUAAAAGAAACAUUCGGGACCUCAUCGCAAUGUGGGGGUUCCGGUCCCCACAGGGUCAGGUAAGAGCUGGCCUCCUUGGAUGUUGCCAUCUGAAACCACCGAGGCAUUUGGGUUAGGCAGAGGCUCCGGUUUCCCUGUCGAGUCGCGAACGCUGUGCGUUUGUCAGAAUGAAGUAUACAAGUCAAUGUUUUGUUUUGUUUUUUUCCUUUUUAUAUAAUAAUUAUAUAACUUAUGCAUUUAUACACUACGAGUUGAUCUCGGCCAGCCAAAGAUACACGACAAAAGAGACAAUCAACGAUAGAAUGUGGCCUUGACUUUUAACUCUGUAUGCUUAAUGUUUACAAUAUGAAGUUAUUAGUUCUUAGGAUGCAGAAUGUAUGUAAUAAAACAAGCUUGGCCUAGCACGGCAAAUCAGAUUUACGCAGGAGCCUGCAUUUGCACUUUUUUUUUUUUUUUUUUUUUUUUUAGCGACUAAAGUUGCCUAGUAGAGACGUGUGCUGAACUUCUGGGUUUUGCGUUAGAAUUUUGUUUUGUCCAGGAACUCAUGCAAGUGAGAGCCAAGAAAAUAGGGUGUUAGGUGCCCAGACGGAGCUGGCCUCUCCAGGCCCUUCUUGCUGACAUUCUCUUAUCCCUAGCCUCUCCUGGAGCAGAGGACCGAAGGUUUCACACUGGAACCUCCGUAUUUGUGCCCAGAACGGAAAAAGGCCUCUGAAGCCGGGGCUCGGACAAAGUCCACGUAAAUGUCUGGUCAGAAACUCUCUCUUAAUUUCUCCUGUGAUCCUAAUACGUUUGCUGAAGGGCAAACAAGUCACGGCUCUCAGAGCAAACUGUAUUCUUGUUGGUAAAUCCAGCAUCACAGAGAGCCACAAUUUCUCGCUCUAAAGAAACGAGGGAUAGCGUCUAAAUUUGCCAUGUGGUCUCCCUUUCAGAGGACCUCGCCAGGUCUUUCUGCACCAGGAGGACCUAGGAGUUGCUGUUGGGAAUUCACGGGCCCUGAGCCUGACAUGUCACCAGACACGGUGUCUAUGAUCUCGUGUCGAUUUCCCUUGACAUCUUUUCUCUUCUGUGUGUCACAGGUGCCUCCAACCUUGGCCAAAGUGAAGGCAGUUUGAGCAGGGGAUACAAAGCAAGUGAGAGACAGCAACACUGAACAACUUCUUAGCCUGAGUCAGUUUCUGAAUUGGCCCAUUUCAUAGCUGUUGUGGGGCUUGUUUUGCACUUUGUAAUCCUUUUGCUAUGAUUAAAUCGAGUUGCCAAA